AGGUGUCUUGCAGUUUGUCGAGAUCAUUGUCAACAUUCUGGUGCUGAUCUGCAUAGGAGCAACCCACGCGGGGAUCUCCAGUUUCACUUCCUUGGGCGGCCUAGGCUCUUUCAACAUCGACUCACUCUACAGUCCAUUUCAGGGGACUGAACUCCAAGAGGUGACCGAAGUGGACAGGCAGUACAGCCAGAUGAGAGCCCCUUGUGUGUACGGAGGGGUAGCCUUCACCCUGACAAUGACGUGCCUAACCCUUCUGUUUCUCAUUGUUGGAGCAAAGCCUAUCCAUCGCCUUUCCCUUGGACUGCUGGCCGCCGAGUGUCUCUUUCACAUCCUCGCCUGCCUUGGCUAUAUAGCGGCAGUUGGCCUCUACCUCCACUUCGUCAUUCAAGUCAACGCCACGGAUGUGUGCCUGAAGAGAGAGAGGCUAUACGCCAGGCGAGGUUACACCUCAGUGAAUUGCAGCGUACAAGGCGGGGACGCAUCCGUGGCCCUUUUCGGCCUGGUGGCUGCUUGCCUGUAUUUUGGAAGCUUGGUGGUUUGUGUUCUCACCAUUCGAGAGGUCCGGCAGUUUCAAAAGCAGCGGGACAACAGUCGUUAUGAUCCUGAGAGAACCUACAGAGAAGACGGCCAUCCCAAACCCCAUAGGAGCCAAGAAAACAUACCCACCGAAAGGACUUUUGGCACACUUGUGUAAUCUACACCAGGUGUCUCAAUGAAGCCAGACUUUUUAAAAAAAGAUUCCCCCCCACCCACAGACAAUAGUUGUAUAAUAUAACAUCAAAGAUGUAUUUUAAAAAUUAUUCUUCCUAGCUAGGAACUUAGUUCCGUGACUAACUUUACAGAAAAAGGGAAGGAAUUGUAGAAAUGAUUUCCAGGGUGUUUUUUUUUUGGCCUGGAUAUGUUCUUUCAGUAAGAGCUCUUUGGCAUCAUUGUCUUAAGAUCUCACCUGGACCUGAAAUUACCCGAGAACUUAAGUUUGCCUUGAAGAUAUCUAACCAUAAAGAUAGUGAGAUAGUUAUUGCCAAGAGCGAAUAUGUGGAAGAUAAGUUGUUUUGAUUAUGUAUUGAUUAUACUUGUAAAUGACCCAGAAAUCGGUUACUGGCUCCAGGUUGAAACUUAAUGGUGUUGACCGAUCAAUUUUAUUAUAUUCAGAAAUUUCUACUAAGUGUCUGACUGAAUAGGAAAUCUAGGCAUUAGUUCUCUUAUCAUAAGUACAUUGAUUACGUUUGGUUCGGACAUC